AUGAAAGUUCAUUAUCUGUUGGUCCUUUUAGUCUUCAUAACUACUAUUCCAUUCGCCAAUCAAUCCAAUGUUGCCAAUGUAAAAGUCUCACCCAAAGGACAAGCCACUCACAGCCGAAGAAUCCGUUCGACAACUGCUUUCAUGUGCAGCAAUCUAACGAGUUGCUCUGGGCGGUGCUCAAAGAAACGAAUGUUUCAUAAUAUUAAAGAUAGCAGGAACAAAUCAGCGUGUUACUGCGACCCGGAAUGCGACAAAGUCUUCACGGACUGUUGCGCUGACUACGUUGAGAAAUGCGGAAAGCACAAAAAAAUGCCGGUUAAGAAAAUAUCGACAAAAUGGUCUUGUUUUAAGAGGAAAGAAUAUCCCUUUAAACUCUGGAUGGUCGACGGGUGUAAAAUAAACUGGCCCAAGAACGAUUCCAAUGUGAAAUAUUGUGCUUUGUUCAAAGAAACCUAUCCUAAAGCAUCUUGGAUGACUCCGGUUUUUGCCUCCAAGACGACAUAUCGGAAUCGUUAUUGCGCUCUGUGUAAUGGAGUUACAAAAUUUAAAAGCUGGAAGUAUGAAGAUAUUGAAUGUAUAAAUAAACGCCCUAAGAGGAACACAGAAACGAAAUUGAAAUACUAUGAUAAAUACUGCGAUGCGUCCACCAUUAAAUUUAAAACUCGAACGCGCGGUAUACGAUAUUGUUAUGACGUGAUAAAGUUUUGUAAAUACUACCACGAUAAAUCUGCCUCCAUGGAUUGCGCAUUUGGGGCUACCGGUUUGCUGAGCUCUAUUCUAAGUACAUACAAAAAUUUUGGCUGUCUUACUUGUAAUAGAAAGAAGAAGAAUCCAGCUGUGUCUUUUACUUGCGGUCCGAGGAAGGGCGGCACUAAGAAAUAUGUACCAUUGUCGACCAUUGUAGGUGGAUAUCGCGUGGACUUCACUGUCAACCAGAAAUCGCGAUGUUCCGAGGGUCAAAUCUACGACAACGUAGCUAAACUCUGCCGUAACCUUCUUGUCCAUAAUACCACCACCUCAAACAACUUCUUACAACAGCUUGCUGUCCGUCUUACAUUUGAACAAACUAAAACUCCUUGUUCGAAGGAGAUUAAGAACGAAACUACCUCAAAGUAUAUACGUGAAAGUUUCCUCACUGUUUUGAAGGAGAAAUUGAACAUGUACCAAACUCUUCAAAACACAAGCACACAAUGGCGUUUCCACGAUUUAGAUGUCUAUUUGGACGCCAACAACACCAUUGUUACUUUUAAGAUCCUACGAGCCCCGUCUCUUAAUGAAACAUUGGAGCUGAAUUUUUUCAAGAACGAGUUAAAAAUUGGGAAGAUCGACGUCAAUGGACUCGAAGUUCAAUGUUUGUUUUGGCAAAAUUGGAUAUGA